CCGCCCGCCCCGCGCACUCGGGCGGCGGCCGGCAGCGGGCGAGGACACCGGGCGAGCCCUCCCUGCCGGGAGAGCCAGCCCUGCGGCACACGGCAGCGCCAUGGUCUCAUGGAUCAUCUCCAGGCUAGUGGUGCUUAUAUUUGGCACACUUUACCCCGCGUAUUAUUCUUACAAAGCCGUGAAAUCAAAGGACAUCAAAGAAUAUGUCAAGUGGAUGAUGUACUGGAUCAUAUUCGCGCUCUUCACGACAGCAGAGACAUUCACGGAUAUCUUUCUUUGCUGGUUUCCAUUCUACUAUGAACUCAAAAUAGCUUUUGUAGCUUGGCUGCUGUCUCCAUACACAAAAGGUUCCAGCCUCCUGUACAGGAAAUUUGUCCAUCCAACACUGUCUUCAAAAGAAAAGGAGAUCGAUGACUGCCUCAUCCAGGCGAAAGACCGGAGCUACGAUGCCCUCGUGCACUUUGGGAAGCGGGGGCUGAACGUCGCGGCCACGGCAGCCGUCAUGGCAGCUUCAAAGGGACAGGGAGCCCUGUCUGAGCGGCUACGGAGCUUUAGCAUGCAGGAUCUCUCAACGAUUCGCGGGGACAGCAGCAGCACCGUUCCUCCCUCGGUCACUGUACGAACAAGUAGCAAACAGAGCCACCCAAAACCAUCCAGAAGUGCAUCAGAAGGCACUGGCAGCUCAGGCACCGCCUAGGACCCUUAGAUCUCGCUUCAGGAAGAAAAGUACCUCGUCCUCUGCCACUGAAACAAUGUGAGUGCAAUGAGCCAAUAGCACCAAGAUCCACAGAAUGUCUCUCUUCUGCCUUAAAGAGCUACUCGUUCAUGACAAGGAAACAGCAGUGGGAUGGAUGUGUUUGCUGUACAGCCAUGGCCUUUCUCCCUCCUCUCGCCGCGCCCUGCUGGGACUCGCUGCUGCCGUCUGUCCCUGACGUGGGCAGGACAGUCUGGCAGGCACCUGCAGGUGAGGGGUCCUGGUUUGGUUUGCAGAGUGUGCACCCACCCACAGUGUACAUUUACAGUUUCAUUUGUGUCUGCAUAGCUCUUGCUCUGUGAAUGCCCAGCGGAAACAACAGUAAUCAGUUACUCAUGAUGCUACAUUGACAGUGUAUUUAUUUAUGGCUUUAUCAUGGAUGAAGUGGAUUUGCAGAACCCAUGGAUUUCUCUUUCCUCCCUUCCUCCUCAAGACUGUGAAUGAUGUAACAAAUGUCAAAAGUACUUUGACUGUACAAAAUGUCCAUGAUUUGUUAGCAAAUACUGAGCUGCAACUGUGUUUUUCUGCAAGUAAAUCACAUGUUCUGAGAAAAUCAUUGUGCUAAACCCACAGAGACAGAACCACUUACAGAGGAUGAGGAAGUGAUGUGCAAGAGAAAAAAAUGGUUUCAAUAAUGUAAUGAAGGGGGAGUCCUAAUUUUGAUCAGCCUGAGCCAGGAGAGUAUUUUGUGGAAAAUGAUGCAUAGAAGAACUAGAUCCCACCAUUUGUGGCCCAGUGUUCUACUGUGAGUUUUAAAGUGUGAGCAAGCCAGGCUUGAGCAAGCUGCAGCAACAGAAAUCAGAAUCGCUUUAGUGAUGCAUUUCCAGGGGAAAACACACCUUUCUCCCCUGCUGCAACAGUGCCAGUCCCAGCACUCUGCUCUGCUGCUGAGGGGCUGCUGUUCUGCUUGCAUGAGCAGAGGGUCUGAGCUGCUUUUGAAGCCUGGAGUUUCUCCUGUAGCGUGGAGUUUGGUUAGAACCACAAGAAGCAGAUGGCGUGGUGUAUUUGUAUCCAUAUAUAACUGAGAAAUAUAAAAGAAGAGGAAGACAUGGUAGGGUUUGUGUAUUUGUGCUUCAAGUUGGUGUCUCUUGUAAGUGUUGAGCAUGUGAGAUUCACACAUAAGUUAAUUCUGUGGCCCUUUGUGUUUGCUCUUGGACCUGUCACAUAGACUAGAAAAGCAUUUAGCGUUAUGUAGGAUGUGCUAUCACCAAUGGGUCAGCACAGGGCUCGAUGGUGUCACUGUCACCUGGCCCAGGGUGCCAACAGCCAGCUGGAGUGUGCCAGGCUUGGAGAUAACUCUGAAGUGGCCUUUGAAACCAUUUCUCUGCUGGGUGUGCAUCCAUAUCCCAGCUGCCCAUCUGGUGGAUCCCUGAGGUCACCCCCACAGCUUCCUACAUGUGUGGGGAAGAAAGAAAUAAAUUAUGCACACACAGAAAUGUUUAUCUGACCUGGCUAGGAAAAGAAAAAAGCAAGCAGGUAUUUCCUGUGUCUGCCACAGUAUUUGGCCUCAUUACCUGAGAAUUUUGUUUCCUUUACAUAUGCUGAUUCAGUCAUACUUUGCAAAUUUUGAAAAAUUCUUCAGAAAGUAAAUUUGAUAAAAACCCAAACAAACCUGUCUAAAGAGCAGUUACAGAAGAGUCAGUCCUUGGAAGAUACUCAGCAAAAGCUUUGAGAAGCUAAGCUUAUGUAUUUUACUUCUAAGCAGCUUUAGAGUUUAUUUGAUUUUUUUUUUUGGCUAACAUUAAAAAGAAAUAAAAAAACUGCCUGCACUGUUAGCAGAAAAUAAAAUCCUGUUGCAAGCAAGCCAUGUUUCCCUGCUAUGCAACGGGCUGCUGUAAGAUAAAGAAGAAGCUGACAAGUUUGCACUCAAUUAUGCCAAAUAACCCAACAACAUAGAGCUGCAUAACAUCUGACAAGUUCUAAUCUCAGACACGCUGUAUUAACAUUGAUUAUCACUAAAACUAUUUAAUGUGCGUCUAAUCUGCUGUUUUACUGUAAACUUGACUGUUUAGCAUUUCUUAAGUGCUGAGGUGAAAUGUUGACAAGGGAGUUGCCUUAUAUCUCUCAAAACAUUCACUGUAUAAAUGAGAAAAA